GUCUUGCUCAUUAUGAUUUAGCUUAAAAUCUCGAUUUAAAUUGGCGUCAAAGUUAAACCGGCGUGUAGGUCGGUUUAUAGUUGUUAAAUCUCGAUUUUAUUGACAGAUAACGUUAUUGUAGAUUUGUUCUUUCUUUUAUUACGUGAAAAUGGAUUUAUUAGCUUUAACAGUGGCGUACAAUGAUAAUGAUUUGUUAUCAGACGAUGACGAGCUAAUCGUGCAAUAUUUAGAAACCCCGUUUUUCUCUCGAAGAGUCUAUAAUGGAAGUGAUUUAUAUAGCACGUUACGAGAUGACGAAUUCUUGAAAAGAUUCCGGUUAAGUAAACGCAGUGCAACAUUCCUGCUUGAUAAAAUUAUUCAUAAUUUUCCAAAUACUUUCAACAGAAAUGCUGUAUCCCCAAUGAACCAGCUUCUAUGCACCCUGAGAUAUUAUGCUACUGGUAGUCAAUUAACAGCUUGUGGAGAUGUUAUUGGAGCUCAUGAGUCCACUGCCUGUAGAAUAUUGCAUCGAGUAACACAUGCAAUUGCUUCUUUAUAUUCAGAGUUUAUUAAAAUGCCUGUUACUGUUGAUGAACAAAACAAUGUUGUGGCAAAGUUUUAUGAUAUAGCAAAAUUUCCCCGUUGUAUUGGUGCUAUAGAUUGUACACAUAUAAAAAUUUUAUCUCCGGGUGGUGAUUAUGCUGAAAUUUAUAGGAAUCGAAAGGGCUAUUUUUCCAUUAAUACCCAGUGCAUAUGCUCGGCUAAUUUACUUUUCCUAGAUGUAGUGGCUCGUUGGCAUGGUUCAGUACAUGAUGCUAACAUUUGGGACAACUGUGCACAAAAGAGAAACUUUGUUCAAGGAGUUUACAAUGAAAAAUUAUUGGUUGGGGAUAGUGGUUAUUCUCAGACCAGAUACAUGAUGACACCACUGCCUGAAAAUACACCUAGUACAAGAGGUGAAAAAUUAUACCAGGAGUCUCAAAUAAGAACUCGAAAUGUAAUAGAGAGAACGUUUGGUAUUUGGAAGAGAAGAUUCCCUAUUCUUUCAAAAGGAAUAAAUGUUAAAUUACGAAGAGUGCCAGGUAUCAUUGUUGCUACUGCAGUUCUACAUAAUAUUGCAAUUUUACAAAAGGAUUCAGAACCACCUACAGAUGAAGAUAUACCACAUAUACCUGAUAUACCAAUAGCAAUACCAACAAACUCCAGAACUUUGUCCAGAAGUAUAGCCGGCAACAUUGAACGAACAUUAUUAAUUAAUGAAUAUUUUGCAAGAUUAUAAUUAGAUGGAUAAAUACAAAACAAAAUAAAAAAUAAAUAAAUUCAUUGUUUUUUAUUUAAUUCUAAUGCAUAUUUUUCUUUGAGA